CAACGACUUCAAACUGAAUAUCAAAGUCCAAGCUGUAGUCUAUAGUCUACUCAGCAGGAGCCCAAGGAUAUUUUUUUAUCGUAUGCUCCAGUUCUUUACAAUUUGUUUGAGCAGAGGAACACGUCGGUGAUAUAUUUUCUCUUUAAUUUAUUAUUUCUAAUGUUAUUUUUCUGAUUUUGGGGAUACGUGGAUAUAUUAACCUUCACUGGAUAUCUGCCACUGUCUGCUAUUAAUAGCGGACCAAGAAACAACACAAAAUGGCUUAUCUGCUAUUAACCUGUUUUUUGGCUUUGUUAUCAACAGAACUGGUUGGAUCUUCCGGUGUGUUUGAGCUGAAAGUGCACUCGUUUAGCAGCACUCACAAUGUUUGCAGAAGGUCCAGAGACUGUCAGAUCUUUUUCCGAGUGUGUCUCAAGCACUCACAGGAUGUUAUUUCGCCCGAGCCACCUUGCACCUACGGGACCGGUCUGACAGAGAUCUUCCGCGCUGAUCAGAGUUCCAUCGCCAGUAGCGCGCCGAUUAAGGUCCCCUUUCACUUCAAGUGGCCGGGUACUUUCUCGCUAAUCAUCGAAGCCUGGAACGCCGACUCAACUGAACAGUCUACAGAUAACCACAACAAUCUGAUUAGUCGCUUAGCUACCCGAAGGAGACUAGCCAUUGGCGAAGACUGGUCCCAGGACGUGAAUUUUGGAGAGCAAAGUGAACUGCGUUAUUCUUACCACGUCGUAUGUGACGAGCAUUACUACGGCGACAGCUGCUCCAACUACUGCCGACCUCGUAACGAUACCUUCGGACACUAUACCUGUGACGGAUCUGGAAACCGAGUCUGUCUCACUGGCUGGGAAGGACAGUACUGUUCUGAACCCAUCUGCUCGUCUGGCUGCAGCGACAAGCACGGUUACUGCGAGUCCCCAGGCGAGUGCAAGUGCCGCCUCGGGUGGGAAGGCCCGCUGUGCGACGAGUGUAUGCGCUACCCCGGCUGCCUGCACGGCACCUGCGGGCAGCCCUGGCAGUGCAACUGCAAGGAAGGCUGGGGCGGGCUGUUCUGCAACCAGGACCUGAACUACUGCACCAACCACAAGCCAUGCAGGAACGGCGCAACCUGCACCAACACUGGCCAGGGAAGCUACACUUGCGCGUGCCGCCCGGGCUUCAGCGGCAGUAACUGCGAAAUCGAGACGAACGAGUGCGACAGCAACCCAUGCAAGAACGGUGGAAGUUGUAAUGAUAUGGAGAACGACUACUCGUGUACCUGCCCUCAGGGCUUUUACGGAAAGAACUGCGAAAUUAGCGCCAUGACAUGCGCGGAUGGACCCUGCUUCAACGGCGGCACCUGCGUGGAGAAAAUGACCGGGGGCUAUUCCUGCCGCUGCCCCCAUGGCUACAUGGGGUCCAACUGUGAGAAGAAACUGGACCGUUGCAGCAACAACCCCUGCUCAAACGGCGGUCAGUGCCUCGACCUUGGACACAGUGUGAUGUGUCGGUGCCGAGCUGGCUUCACCGGGCAUCGCUGCGAGAUAAACAUCGACGACUGCGCCAGCAGCCCCUGCCGCAAUGCCGGCACGUGCGUGGACGGCGCCAACGACUACGUCUGCACCUGCACGCUGGGCUACACCGGCAAGAACUGCGGCGUGCGCUCCGACGCCUGCAGCCGCUACCCCUGCCAGAACGGCGGCACCUGCUUCACCCACUUCUCCGGCCCCGUCUGCCAGUGCCCGACCGGCUACAUGGGCUCACGCUGCGAGUUCAGGAUCCAGACCACCGAGCCCAAGGGCUUCCCUGUGGCGCUGGCCAUCUCCUUCGCCCUGGGCCUCAUCACUCUCACCCUGGUAGUCUGUGCGGCAGUCUACAUCCUGCGCCAGAUGCGGCGGGGCCGCAAGAGCCUGGGAGCCUCCGUGCGCAACGACCUGGACACCAUCAACAACCGGGCCUCGGUCUUCCCCCGCGAGAAGGAGGCCUUCCUCAUCCCCGGGGGCCCCUACAAGGUCUCCAACAAGGACGUCGCGCUCAGCGCCUCGGAGGUGGCCAGCAAGAACUCCGGCUACAUGCACAAGCCAAAAGACUACAACCUGGCCGAAGAAGAGAGGAAGUCCAGAAGCAAGAUGGAGCAGAAAAAAUCUGAAUCCUGUAUUUUGGUUCCUCCACUAAACUUCCCAAAAGAAGGCCUAUAUCAGCCAGUCUACAUUAUCCCUGAGCAGAUCGACCAAUGUGUUUUUGCUACUGAGGUUUAAUGACAAUAUUCCAAACCUGGAGCACCUCAUCCAGAAGGGACCCUGUCUGGACAUGUUUACAUUUUAUUUUAACAGAUAUUUGAAAGAAAUGAAGAGAGUAUAUAUUAUAUCUAUAUAUUAUUUAUUAUUUAUUGAUGCUGCUCACUUAAAAAAACAAACAAACAAAAAAGACUACUUCUGGGAGGAGUCUCUUUCCAGAGAGGAAAGAAGAAUGAUUGUGGGAAGAUGGAAGUUAUAGGAAACAGGAAGACUGACCGGAAUUAUUUGCACUACAGUUUUUUUUACUUACACAAUUAUUUUCCAGUAUGUUCAUAAUAAAUGAAAGAGUGAAGAAGAGAAGAAAACACAGAAUGCAGAGAACCAAGGAUUUUUUGAAACACAGUAAAUCAGGAUUUUUUAAAAGUUCCAAUGUCAUGCAACUUCCAAGAGCAGUACAACAACAAUGGUGUCUUUCUCUACAGACAGCAGCUCUAAGGGGGCCUUAUAUUUCAACUGAAAACUGCCUUCAAAUUUUACAGUUUUUUUAUUUUCAUUUUGUUUGUAUCUCAUAAUUCUGUGAUCAAGAAGAGUUUCUCCGGAGUACAGCAUUAAUCUCACCAUAGGUGAGAUCUGAGACACCACUUCCUGUAGGGGACAUCCAUGGGAUCCUGAGAAGUCUAUGCUCAAACCGAUAUCUCAGUUUGUGAAAUUAGCCCUUACAGAUGCUUACUUUUCCCAGCAAUGGACGGAUGGAAUUGGAACCGUCCAUAGUAAUGGAUUAAAAUGUUAUCAAUGAU